GGUCACCCACCAGCUACUUGACUGGCUGGUCCAAUUGCUGUGUUCCGCCGCAACUACUCGCAGCGGCACGGCAGCCCAAGGCUAAAGCCGGCGCGGCGGGCGCCACCAUAAUCACCCUCGCUGCUGCUGGGAGAGCUGGAUCACAGCGAGGCUAAUCAGAGGGUGUCGGGUCUGAUUCCCUUCGCAUCGUCUCAUCCGCCGAGAUCUCGAGCGCACUAGCUUAGCUCGCCGAUGCGAUUAUCAACUGGAGCAGAUAGGUGCCAGCAUGGGUUCGAGGAUCAAGCAGCCAAAAGCAUUAGCUUUCCGCUGCUAUGCGGCGAGCCAUCGAUCUCUAACUCUGGCGGUGUGGAGUCUUGCGGCAUUGGUUGUAGUCGUGAAUUUCCAUCUUCUUAUCAUACAUAAGGAGGAUGAGAGCACCAUGACGCAUGAGAUCCAUCGGUCGAUUGUAAGAGAACUGGAGGUGGUGGAGGAGGAAAAAUUCCGGGUAUCACCUCCCCGGAGCCGGAGGAAUCCCCGGGCUGUGCGGCGCAAGGGGGAGCAGAAGCCGCCUUCUGUAGUGGAUGAGUUCUUGGAUGAGUCUUCUUCGGUGCAUGACAUGUUCUUUCCAGAACAGAAGAUGGCUAUAGAUCCAAGCAAUGGUGGAAAUGACAGCAUGUACUUCUACUACCCAGGGAGAGUUUGGCUUGACACUGAUGGCAACCCAAUCCAAGCUCAUGGAGGAGGUGUACUGUAUGAUGAGAAAACUGAAACUUAUUUCUGGUAUGGGGAGAAUAAGGAUGGCAAAACCUACAAAGCUCACAGCAAGGGAGCUGAUCGGGUUGACAUUGUGGGAGUAAGUUGCUAUUCUUCAAAGGACCUGUGGACAUGGAGAAAUGAAGGAGUUGUUCUCCGAGGCGAGGAAAAGAAUGUGACACAUGAUCUCCACAAAUCUAAUGUCCUAGAGAGGCCCAAGGUUAUAUAUAAUGAUUGGACUGGCAAAUAUGUUAUGUGGAUGCACAUAGAUGAUACGAACUACACAAAAGCAUCAGUUGGUGUGGCCAUCAGUGACUCUCCCACAGGCCCAUUCAAUUACCUGUACAGCAAGCAGCCACAUGAUUGUGAAAGUAGAGACAUGACCAUCUUCAAGGAUGACAAUGGGAAGGCUUACCUGAUAUAUUCUUCUGAGGACAACAGCGAGCUCCACAUUGGUCAAUUAACCGAUGACUACCUUGAUGUAACUGAUAAUAUGAGAAGGCUUCUCAUUGCACAACAUCGAGAAGCUCCGGCGCUUUUCAAGUACGACGGCACCUACUACAUGAUAACCUCUGGUUGCACUGGCUGGGCACCAAACACUGCACUAGCUCAUGCGGCGACAGCAAUCAUGGGACCUUGGGAGACACUGGGAAAUCCUUGCAUGGGAGGGAAUGACAUAUUCAGAUCAACAACUUUCUUCUCCCAGAGUACAUUUGUGUUGCCAAUUCCGGGGCUGUCAGGUUCAUUCAUCUUCAUGGCGGAUCGGUGGAACCCAUCCGAGCUGAGAGAUUCACGAUACGUAUGGCUGCCUUUGACAGUCGGUGGACUACCUGAUGAGGCUGCAGAUUACAGCUUCAUGUUCCCGCUCUGGUCCCGGGUGUCGAUCUACUGGCACAGACGGUGGCGUCUCCCUGAGGGGUGGAGAGACUCCUGAAAAUUACUUGAGAACUGAAAUUGCUAUACAAUUAUACAUGGUGGUCACAUUAGAGAUACCAAAUUAUUGACACAACACAUUGGAGUGCACUGUAUAGAUCAGGUUUUAGAUGUAGAGUUGUAAAUGUGCAGCUUUUUAAUCUGUUCUUAAAUCAAAUAAAUGGUUGUGGCCUGGUGGGCGAGGUGUGGUGUUGAUUAUUUUUGCUUUUACUGAGAAUAAUAAUGUGGCUGCACCAUAAUAUGGGUUCAUUCUGCUGCGCAGGCAUCUACAUUCUGCAAGCUCAGAUGUCAUCCCAUAAAUAUUGCUUUCGUCAUCGUGAGGGAAAACAUCUUUAUUGUGUGUUUUUGAGUUUAUUGCUAGCCUCUCGAUUUCUUGCAAAGAACUUGUGCUUAAU